CAGAACGUUUCAUAAGUCGGAUAUUAAAGUAUGAGUGUUGUGUUUCCCGCAGGGGCUGAUCGUGAGCUCCAGCGUCGCUCAUCCUCCGAGGUGGAGCUAAGAUGAGCAUAACCAGUGAUGAAGUCAACUUUCUGGUCUACAGAUAUCUGCAGGAGUCAGGUUUCUCUCACUCUGCGUUCACGUUUGGCAUGGAGAGCCACAUCAGCCAGUCGAACAUCAACGGGACUCUGGUGCCUCCUGCUGCCCUCAUCUCCAUCCUGCAGAAGGGCCUUCAGUACGUGGAGGCCGAGAUCAGCAUCAACGAGGAUGGCACAGUGUUUGACGGCCGGCCGAUAGAGUCCCUGUCGCUCGUGGAUGCCGUGAUGCCAGACGUGGUUCACACCAGACAGCAGGCCUUCAGAGACAAACUCGCAGAGCAGCAGAAAGCCAUCAGCUCCAGCAGCUCGAGCGCCGCUCAGUCCCACGCCACCAAUAACGGAGAAACGGCGCUCAACGGAGAGGAGAACGGCACCCACGCGCUCCACAAUCACAUGGAGGUGAUGGAGGUGGACAGCGAGGUCCAGAUUCCCGCCACGGUGUUGAGGGGUCACGAGUCGGAGGUCUUCAUCUGCGCCUGGAACCCCGUCACUGACCUCUUGGCCUCAGGCUCUGGCGACUCGACGGCGCGCAUAUGGAACCUGAUUGAGAACAGCAGCGGCGGCUCGACUCAGCUGGUCCUGCGGCACUGCAUCCGAGAGGGAGGUCAGGAUGUUCCCAGCAACAAGGACGUGACCUCGCUGGACUGGAACAGUGACGGCACUCUUUUAGCAACCGGAUCUUAUGAUGGAUUUGCAAGAAUAUGGACAAAAGAUGGUAAUCUCAGCAGCACACUCGGACAGCAUAAAGGACCCAUAUUUGCACUCAAGUGGAACAAGAAAGGCAACAGCAUCCUGAGCGCUGGAGUCGAUAAGACGACAAUCAUUUGGGACGCUCAGACAGGUGAAGCCAAGCAGCAGUUUCCAUUUCAUUCAGCUCCGGCGCUGGACGUGGACUGGCAGAACAACAGCACCUUCGCCUCCUGCAGCACUGACAUGUGCAUCCAUGUGUGCCGCCUGGGAAGUGAGCGUCCGCUCAAGACCUUUCAGGGGCACACGAAUGAAGUGAACGCCAUUAAAUGGGAUCCGUCUGGGAUGCUGCUGGCUUCCUGCUCAGACGACAUGACGCUGAAGAUCUGGAGUAUGAAGCAGGAUACAUGCGUUCACAAUCUUGAAGCGCACAAUAAAGAGAUUUACACCAUCAAGUGGAGCCCAACCGGCACCGGAAGCAGCAAUCCCAACGCUAACAUGCUGCUAGCUAGUGCCUCCUUCGACUCGACGGUGCGAUUAUGGGAUGUGGAUCGAGGCGUUUGCAUCCACACGCUCACCAAACACCAGGAGCCCGUCUACAGCGUGGCCUUCAGUCCGGACGGGAAGUUCCUGGCCAGCGGCUCCUUCGACAAAUGCGUUCACAUCUGGGACACGCUGAGCGGCGCGUUGGUGAACAGCUACAGAGGAACAGGAGGAAUCUUUGAGGUUUGCUGGAACAGUGUGGGAGAUAAAGUGGGAGCGAGUGCCUCUGACGGAUCGGUCUGUGUUCUUGAUUUACGGAAAUAGCUCUCGGUGAACCCGGAUGCAGGAUCGUGCAGCUAAAGGCUUCAGCGCGUCUCAGCGGCUGCUGGUUGUGACUGAACGUGUUUCUUCUGUUUCUUCUGGACCCGCAGCUUCACCGGGAACAGAAUCCAAAUGUUGAAAACCAAAUUAGAGGAAUUGUCCACUAAAGAUGGUGAUGAGCAGCGCAGCGACUCGGUCGAUGAAGUGGACGCCAAAGAGCUGGAGACGCUUCAUUUGAAAGGUUUUAUUGGGUGUUUUGGACGCCACUGACAUUGAUUGGACCAUUUGACCCUUCAUAAGUGAAGUUUGACCAUAAAAAAACAUAUUUUUAAUGGAGGACAAACUUCAAAUCAAGACGAGUUUUCCUUGCAGGAGAACCAUAAAUAGUUCUGACUGUUUUCCAGCUUUAAAGAGAAAUGAAGAUGUCAGCUGCCGAGUGCUUGGGAAAUAUCUUGUGAUUCUCAGAUAUUAAAUAUACAGGUGUAAAACCUCCCCACUGGAUGUACAUUUAAUGAAUGUAAAGAUGUAAUUGAGAUCGUAACACGCAGAUUUUAUAAACUGUUUAUAUGUUUAUAAACUAAUCUUUUCCCAAAGUC